AUGGGCAGUGACCCGCGGGUUCUGGCAGGAGGCCAGCGCGGAACGGGUGUAAGGCGUCGCGACGGUGUGGACGGGGUAGAUUCGUCCGAUUCGGCAAGCGAGGCUGACGGCGCGGAAGAAGCAGACGGCGCGGAAGAAGCAGACGGCGCGGAAGAAGCAGACUGCGCAGAAGAAGCAGACGGCGCGGAAGAAGCGGACGGCGCGGAAGGAGCAGACGGCGCGGAAGAAGCAGACGGCGCGGAAGAAGCGGACGGCGCGGAAGGAGCAGACGGCGCGGGAGAAGCAGACAGCGCGGAAGAAGCAGACGGCGCCAUCCCGAUGGCGCGGGAUGGUGAGAGGGAGGAAGUGGCGGAAGAAGGGCGCGACGGAGAGAGCAAGGAUGCGGGAGGAAAUUGCUCGCCGGUAAGGAUGCGCGGAGGCGGCGCGAAGCGUCACGGGAACAUGACGACAGGGCGUUCGCCGGAAGACAUGCGCAGGGGAAGCGUGAGGCGCUGCGGGAGCACGGAUGCAAACGGAUUGGCAGACGAAGGGCGUGAAGAGGGCGCGAGGCACCGCGGGGGCGCGAAUGCAGACGGGUUGGCAGACGAAGGGCGCGGGGGCGCGGAUGCAGAUGGUACGGUGGACGAAAUAGGUGGAAACAGCGUGAGGCACUGCGGAGGCAAGGAUGCAGGUCGCUCGGCAGACGAAAUGCGAGGUGGCAGCGCAAGGCGCCGCGGGAGAGCGGAUGCAGACAGCUCGCCAGAACGGAUGCGCGGGAGUGGCGGGAGGCGCCAAGGGAACAUGGCGGCAGAGCGUUCGCCAGAGGAGGUGCUCGAGGGAGAUGCGAGGCGCCGCGGAACCGCAGUGGCAGGUCGCUCGCCGGACGAUCUUCGGGAGGACAGCAGGAAAAACCAUGCGCCAACGGGACGGUACAGCUCGCCUGAGCUGCGAGGACGUGGGAGGAGACGCGUGGCGAUGGCCGCGCGGCGAUCGCCAGAGGUCGGGCCGAAGGGAGGGGCGUUGGAAAGAACAUUCCCCGGAGAAGAGGGAGAGACCAGGGUGGGGAUCGGAGAGAUAUGGGGAGGCUCAAGAGAGAGGGGGGGGAAGGAGCAUAGGUCCGACGUGGCGGAGAAGGCGGCAGCAGUCAUGGACAUGUGGCUGCGCAGUGGGGGCAGGGACAUACGAAGGGAGCUAGUGAGUAAGGUGGGGGCAUGGGCGUGUAUGUCAGUAACACCAGCAGCAGCGGGAGCAGAGGAGCGGGACGAGCAGGCGGGGGCAGGAGCGUGCGUACCAGUAGCAGCGGGAGCGGAGGAGCGGGAUGAGCAGGUGGGGUCAGAAGCGUACGUAUCAGCAGCAGCGGGAGCGGAGGAGCGGGAUGAGCAGGUGGGGGCAGAAGCGUGCGUACCAGCAGCAGCAGGAGCGAAGGAGCGGGAUGAGCAGGUGGGGGCAGAAGAGUGCGUCCCAGCAGCAGCAGGAGCGAAGGAGCGGGAUGAGCAGGUGGGGGCAGAAGCGUGCGUGCCAGCAGCAGCGGGAGCGGAGGAGCGGGACGAGCAGGUGGGGGCAGAAGCGUGUGCAUUAGCAGCGGCGGAAGCGGGAGGGAAGAACGAGAAGGUGGGGGCAUGGUCGGGUGUACCAGUGGCAGCAGAAGCGGAAGGGAGGGAAGGGAAGGUGGGGGCACAGGCGGGCAUGACAGCAGUAGCGGAAGCGGAAAGCGGGGCAGUGAAGGUGGGGGCACAGGCGUGCAUGACAUCAGUAGCGGAAGUGGAAAGCGGGGUAGUGAAGGUGGGGGCACAGGCGGGCAUGACAGCAGUAGAGGAAGCGGAAAUCGGGGUAGUGAAGGUGGGGGCACAGGCGGGCAUGACAGCAGUAGCAGAAACGGAAAGCGGGGCAGUGAAGGUGGGGGCACAGGCGUGCAUGACAGAAGUAGCAGAAGCGGCAGGGAGGGAAGAGAAGGAGAGAGCGCAGGCGUGCGCAGCAGCAGCAGCGGAAACGGAAGAGGAAAGGAAAGAAGAGAAGUUGGGGGGCACAGGCCAGCAGCAGAAGAGGAAGGGAAGGAGAGAAGUUGGGGCACAGGCGUGUGCAGCGGCAGCAGCAGAAGAGGAAAGGAAGGAAGAGACGUUGGGGACACAGGCGUGUGCAGCAGCAGCAGCAGCAGCAGAAAAGGAAGGGAAAGAAGAGAAUUUGGAGACACAGGCGUGUGGAGCAGCAGCAGAAGAAGAGGAAGGGAAGGAAGAGAAAUUAGGGGCACCUGAGUGUGUAGCAGCAGCAGCGGAGGCGGGAGUGGAGAAUGAGGAGGGAGGAUGGGCAGGGUGGACUGCAAAGGAAGGAUCUAAGUGGACGGUGGGGGGGGGGGGCAAUGAGCGGGCAGGGGAGGGAGGGCAGAGGGAAGAAGGGAGGGAGGAUGAGUGCCGGGAGGAGAGGGCAGGCCAUGGGAGGAAACAGAGGAGGGGGCAGUGGUACGAGUGA